CUCUAGGAACAAGAAUUAGAUAUUGCCCACGGCAUCCAUAGGUAUACGGAGCAUAGCUUCAAGAUAGUUAAAGCACCUUUCGGCCGACAUCGGGACGAUUCGGUUAUCAAUUUUUAUCUCGUCCAUCAACGUCCUGCCAUUCCACCAAAACGCCCUUCCCAAGUAGUCCAGACAUAACCACACGAAAUGACACGAAUCGGCUGGUAUGGCCUCGGCUCCAUGGGCCUAGCAAUGGCCACCAACCUCCAACGCCAUCUCGUCACCAAAAAAGCCCCCGGAAUGAUCUAUUCCAACCGCACAAUGGCACGCGGCAACCCCCUGCAAGCACUAGGCGGCACCUCCGAGACCAGCUUCGAGAAAGUCAUCGGACAGUGCGGGAUCAUCUUCACCAUGAUCUCGAACGACGCCGUGCUGUCCAAUCUUGUCUCCACCGCUGUUAACUCCGGGCAGUCCCUCCGCGACAAGAUCUUCGUUGACUGCUCCACUGUUCACCCGCAGACCGUGGGAUUGACUGUCUCAAAGUUGAGGGAGAAGCAGGCGGCGUUUUUGUCGGCUCCGGUGUUUGGGGGGAAUCCGAUUGCUGUGGAUGGGAAGUUGGUUUUUGCGAUCGGGGGGCCGAAGGAUGCUGUUGGGGUGGUGAAGCCGUUGAUUCAGGAUGUUAUGGGGAGAAGGGUUAUUGAGUGUGGGGAGGAUGCUACUAAGGCUUCGUUGUUGAAGAUUGCAGGAAACAUCAUCACCGUCAACAUGAUGGAAGCCGUUGGUGAAUCCCAAGUCUUCGCUGAACGCACCGGCCUCGGAACGGGUCCUAUGGAGGAACUCAUCGGAGAGGCUUUUGGUCCAGUUGCCGGUGGUUACUCCAAGAGAUUGACAACCGGCGCCUACGCACCCCCUCUUGACUCCCGUCCCGGUUUCGGCGUGUCUUUAUCCAUCAAAGACGCAAACCACGCCUUGACCAUGGCCAAGGAUCAUAACGUCGAACUGCCUGCUCUGGAACUUGCCCAGGAGAACAUGGAGGCUGCGAGAGAGUACGGCGGCGAGAGUCUGGAUAGCAGCUCCAUGUAUGGUGUCCUGCGUCAGAAGGCGGGAAUGGAGUUCUGGAAUGAAAAGAGUAGAAAGGGAGGGUCUUAGAUUAACUUUUGUAUAGAUGUGUAUAUAGAGUGUGUUCUUCUCUGUACAUACAGAAAAAACAGAUCCCCAGCUCAGUAAUCAAAUUAUAACCCAAAAUUAACAAAAUGCCAACCCUGCUCUAUGCGCCAAAUUAUUCACAAAACAGAUGAUGAAAAUUACACUCGUAGUAAAUCGGCCCCCAAAGCGCCUGUUCAGACGCCAUAUAAACAUAGCCCUCCUUUUGCCUUCCGAACACACCCACCCAAUAUAUAUAUAUCAAAAAAGAAAGA